CGUCCAUUGACAAGUAAAUGCACUGAUUCGAUUGUAUAACACAAAGAAACUGCUUGCUCAAUAUUUGGCACAAARAUAAGAAACCUGCUAAUGAAAUCGUCUAGUUUUCAAAGUAAUGCUACCACCUAGCUUUAGCAUAAACGAAUACAAAGCUCCCAAGAAACCAGGAAAAUCAGUCAUUGGAAUUAUUCUAAUACUUAGCACAACGUUUUGGGUUGUUGCUUUGAACUACUCUCAAGUUGACGCUGAAUUCACUGGAGGCAAAAUAUGCAAGACAAACCAGUUCCGAUGUAAAGAUGGAUCUCAAUGCAUUUUUCAUUCUUGGAGAUGUGAUGGCGAAAAGGACUGCAAGGAUGGAAGUGACGAAAAACUUUGUGGUAAUGUGACAACUUGUUCAUCCAGAGAGUUCCUUUGUAACAACCAGUGUGUACCUUUAGCAUGGAAAUGUGAUGGUGAAAAGGAUUGCAAGCCAGACGGGUUUGAUGAAAGAGGAUGUGCUCCAGUUACUUGUGCAAGCACCCAUUUUAAGUGUCAUAACAGUUCAAUUUGUAUUCCAACAAUAUGGCUGUGUGAUGGAGAGAGGGAGUGUGAAGAUGGCAGUGAUGAGUUAAACUGUGAUAACUUUACUUGUGCUAGCCAUGAUUUUAGUUGUGCUAAUGGAAAGAAGUGUAUCAGUUCACGAUGGGUUUGUGAUGGUGAAAAUGAUUGUGGUGAUUUCUCUGACGAAAAAAAUUGCAAACCUCGUACAUGUGAUUCAAAUGAGUUCAAGUGUCCUAAUGGUUUGUGCAUCAAUAAAGGAUGGGUGUGUGAUGGGCAAAAUGAUUGUGGAGACAGGUCUGAUGAACCUCCUAGCUGUGGUCAGAAGCCAUGUGACCCGUCGAUAGAGUUUCAGUGUCACAAUGGGAAGUGCAUCCAUAACAAGUGGAAGUGUGAUGGUACUGAUGACUGUGGUGAUGGAAGUGAUGAGAAAGGAUGCCCUGUCAACUGUGGCCCAAAUGAAUGGCAGUGUAUUGGAACCAACCACUGUAUCCAAAUUACCAAUGUCUGUGACGACAAUAAUGAUUGUGGGGAUAAUUCAGAUGAGGGUUCUCAAUGUAUGAACAGUGACUGUGAUAGCAAGAACUGUAGUCAGCUGUGCCAACAAACCCCCAAAGGAGCCCACUGUUACUGUAAACCAGGCUAUGUUCUUGGUAAUGACAGUGUCACAUGUCAAGACUUUGACGAGUGUCAAGAUCUUGGUCUUUGUGAUCACAUCUGCAUCAAUACUGAAGGUUCCUAUAAGUGUAAAUGUCAUGAAGACUACAUCCAUAUCCCUCCACGAACAUGUCGACCUAAAGGUCCAGAAAUCCCGAUGCUUAUUUUUGCUAACCGUAAGAACAUCAGACGAAUAGCGGUGGAUGGCAAGUUAUACGGGGAAGUCCAAGGUAACUUGACUAGAGCUAUUGCUAUGGACUUUGACGUCCGUGAAGGGAAGCUAUACUGGUCUGACGUGACGGAUAACGCAAUCUACAGAGCUGAUUACGUGACAUCAAAUGCUUCCAGUUCAAGGCCGGAACCAAUCAUCACAACUGGUCUAGCUGUGCCGGAUGGACUAGCGGUAGACUGGAUUGGUCGAAAUCUGUACUUCGUUGAUAGCUCAGCCAAUAGGAUAUACGUUAGUAAAUUAAAUGGUAGUGACCGGACGUCACUCAUCACUACCAACCUUGCUAAGCCCAGGGGGAUAGCAUUAGACCCUCGAGAUGGCUUCCUUUUCUGGACGGAUUGGAAGGCACACAGGAUUGAACGCGCCAACAUGGAUGGAACUAAUCGUACAGUACUCAUCAAAGACAAUGUUUACUGGGUCAACGCCUUGACCCUUGAUUAUACAAUGCGCACUGUUUACUGGGCCGAUGCGCACCAUGAUUACGUAGGCGCCAUGUCGUACUACGGCGAAAAGCGGCGCAAAAUAAUAGGACGUCCAGACGUUGCUCAUCCAUUUGCUGUCACCGUCUUUAGGAACUUUCUUUUCUUUUCCGACUGGAUUCGACACGCAAUCGUUAAGGUUGAUAAAUUCACUGGUAAUGAGACAGCGGUGUUAUUAAAGGGUUUGAUACAACCCAUGGAUAUACAAGUAUACCACAGUGCGCGCCAGCCCACGGCGUAUAACCCCUGUGCUGUUAGUAACUGUGGUUGCCAACACUUAUGCCUGAUUACGACUAACCAACGCUGCACUUGUAAAUGCGCCACAGGAUAUAGAUUAUCCUCGAACGGUAAAUCAUGCAUAAACAUCAACACGUUUCUUCUAUAUGCGCGGAGAACAGAAAUAGCUGGGAUCUCGUUAGACAGUAGGGACAACAGUGAUGCAAUACCUCCAAUACUCAGCCUUGGUAAUGCAGUUGGUCUAGAUUAUGACGCAAAACAGGGCCACGUGUAUUUCACAGAUGUUAUUAGAGAUAAUAUUAGUAGAAUAUCAUUAUCUGGACGAGAUUUAAGGGUGUUGAUAACUGCUGUCCGUAAUGCUGAUGGUAUUGCCGUGGACUGGCUGGGGAGGAAUCUCUACUGGACUGACGUGGACCUUCACGAAGUGUCGGUAGCCAAACUCAAUGGAUCUUUCAAGAAGACUUUAUUCUCAGAGAAUGUGAACAACCCACGAGCGAUCGUACUGCAUCCUCUUCAAGGAUUAAUGGUGUGGAGUGACUGGGGAUCUCCGGCUAAAAUAGAGAUAGCAAACAUGGACGGCACAGGACGUCAUGACCUGGUCACUGGUAAUGGUUUAACAUGGCCCAACGGUCUUGCCAUAGACAGAAACCAGUUAUACUGGACAGACGCUAAAUCAGACACUAUCGAGGUCAUCGAUCUGAACGGGGAAAAUCGCAAGGUGCUUCUGAGAAAUCUUCACCACCCGUUCGGGCUGGACAUAUUCGAAGGGCAUAUCUAUUGGACGGAUUGGAUUACUAAAGAUAUCAAGAGAACUGCUUUGAAGACACUGACUAAUGUUACGGUAUUGAGGUCCAACUUACCCGGGUUGAUGGAGAUCAAGGUGUACAGUGCGUCAAGACAACAAGGUUCAAGUCCGUGUUCCAAUGAGACAAGUGGGUGCAGCCAUCUUUGUCUGUUAAAUCCCGAGGGUUUCUCGUGCGACUGUCCUUAUGGGAAACGACUCUCUGAACAAGACAACAAGACUUGUAUAUUUAAUUUUACCGUUGACACAACAAGAAGCUGCCCACCUGGAAAGUUUCGUUGUAGGAACGAACUCUGUAUCCCCAAACGAUGGAAAUGUGAUGGAGAAAACGACUGUUUGGAUAACUCGGACGAGGAUGAUUACGCUAAUUGCUCUAUUGGUUCAUCGUGUAAACCUGGUCUCUUCCAAUGCCGUGACAGUAAAAAGUGCAUCCCGUUACCAUGGAGAUGUGAUGGAGACUACGACUGUCUGUUGCCAGAUAUCUCUGACGAGAUGAAUUGUCAGAAAACCUCCAAUUGCAGUGACAAUCAGUUCAAGUGUGGUGACGGUCAGUGUAAACCUAAAAGUUGGGUAUGCGAUGGGAUUGAUGACUGUAGUGAUAGCUCAGACGAAAAAUAUUGUGGUAACCAUAGCUGUACAUCGGAGCAGUUCACGUGUUCAAGUGGUCGAUGUAUUCCAAGGCGAUGGCGUUGUGAUGGUGAUAAUGACUGCGGGGAUCGAAGCGAUGAAGUUGAUUGCCCUUCAAAGAACUGUAGCUUGAAUCACUUCCGGUGUAAUGAUGGCAAGUGUAUUAAUGCUGCGUGGGUGUGUGAUGGGGAUAGUGACUGCCUUGAUCACUCUGACGAAACCAACUGUCCCACAGGUUCUCCCAACCGAUGUAAUGAAGAAGAGUUCAAAUGCAACAACUCGCGGUGUAUUCCAGAUCUUUUUGAAUGUGACUUUGAGAAUGACUGUGGUGAUGGAUCAGACGAACAUGUCAACUGUACCGUCUCGAAGUGCAGGAAAACCGAGAUGAGGUGCAAGAAUAAACGAUGUGUUCCUAUUUUAUGGCAGUGUGAUGGCGAGGACGAUUGUGGUGACAAUACUGACGAGAAAAAUUGUGACCCAGGUACUGCUGCUCCAGUAUGUAGGCAAGGCCAGUGGCAAUGCUCUAACAGUACCCAGUGUAUCUCUGAUAAAAAGGUCUGUGAUGGUAAACAAGACUGCGUAGAUGGAAGUGACGAGGGUCCUGGAUGUGCUCUUCGUGGCUGUAGGUACUUGAAUGGAGGAUGUUCACAGAUAUGCAUUGAUGUUCCAUCAGGUGUGAUGUGUUCCUGUAGAAUAGGCUACAAACUAGCCGCGGACAACAAGACCUGUAAAGACGUGAACGAGUGUAAAGAUAUCUCCACGUGCUACCAGCGGUGUUACAACUUGAGAGGGUCUUUUGAUUGUAAAUGCGUGAAUGGUUAUAAACUGAUGCCAGACAGAAGACGCUGCAAAGCAGCAGAUAAUCACAUUCCUCAUCUUUACUUUUCGACCCGCAAUGAAAUCCACAAGAUCGACAUUCCAUUGGGCAAAAAAUACACUUUCAGUGCUCUUGGGUUGAACGACGCUAUCGGUUUGGACUUUGACUGGAAGGAGCAGAGAAUUUAUUGGUCUGAUCUAAACAAGGACACAUUGAGUCGCUGUUUCUUCAAUGGAACUGGCAUUGAGUUGCUUAUCUCUGACGGACUUUACUCCCCUGAAGGUGUGGCUGUUGACUGGAUUGGUCGUCGGUUGUAUUGGUCAGACAUGCGAGGAGAUCGAAUCGAAGUGUCUACCCUUGAUGGAAAAUGGCGUACGAUUUUGAUUUCUGACGACUUGCGGUCGCCUAGGGGACUGGUACUGGAUCCACGUGAUGGGUAUCUCUUUUGGAGCGACUGGGAAAACCCCCGUAUUGAGCGUUCAUCCUUAGAUGGUACCAACCGCAAUGUGUUGGUAAGCAAGAAGGUCAUUUGGCCGAACGGACUCACACUGGAUUUCACUACAAGACGCGUGUACUGGAUUGAUGCGAAGUUAAAGCACCUUGAGUUCUGUGACUAUGAUGGUUCUAAUCGUCACCUGCUGUUAAGUGGAAGUAGCAACAUUCAACACCCAUUUUCCUUGUCGUUAUUUGAGGACUGGGUCUAUUGGUCUGACUGGGGCCAGAAAAGAGUGUUACGUGUUGAUAAAACACAUGGCGGGAACGUGAGCUCGAUGUUUAGAGGUCUCAUGAAACCAAUGGAUAUUCAUACUGUACAUCCUCUCAGACAACCUCAAGGAGUCAAUUACUGUUCUAAUGCGUCCUGUUCGCACCUGUGUUUGUUGGUUCCUCGUGGAUAUGUAUGUAAAUGUCCAGUAGGAAUGACACUCAAUCAAGACCAAAUUACUUGUGGAGAUAACUUCACAGCCCUGAUUUUUGCCACUCGUAACCAAGUCAGUGGAAUAUCCCUUGAUCCUAACAUGACCGUGGACUCCGUCCUCUCCGUGCCACAGCUCAACCAGGCCGUAGCUGUUGACGUGGAGGUUUCUCGUGGUUUUUUUUAUUGGUCAGACGUGUCGGAUGGCACGAUUUCUAGGGUGGCCAUUAAUGGGUCACUGAGACAGACCAUAAUAAGGGGCACCCCCAAACCAGAAGGAAUCGCUGUUGACUGGAUCGCAAGGAACUUAUAUUGGACAGACUUGAGUCGUAAGAGUAUAAAUGUAGCUCGUCUAGACGGUUCCUUCUCUGUUAUUCUUUUAACCAAAGACAUAAGUAAACCAAGAGCCAUCGCUGUUCAUCCAGCUAAGGCGUUGUUAUUUUGGUCAGAUUGGGACAAAAUCGCUCCACGCAUUACAAGAUCCAAUCUUGAUGGCUCGUCUCGCCGUGUUAUUGUAAACAGCCGAUUGGGGUUUCCUAACGGUCUAACCAUAGACUUCCAAGGCUCUUUGCUGUAUUGGUGCGAUGCUAAGAAAGAUGUCAUCGAGGUUGCUGCUCUAGAUGGAAGUUCAAGGCGUGUCCUAUACAGAYCCCCCGCUCUGCUUCAUCCUUUUGACAUCACCUUGUAUCGAGAUGUUCUAUAUCUCACUGACUGGAAAAAGAAAGCCAUCUUGUUUGCUCCAAAGUCUGGUAAUGGCAUGGUCGCCGUCCUCAGAGGUGACUUUCCGAACAUUUUUGGAGUCCAAAGUUAUUCCACGGAGCGACAGACAGGUACAAACGCGUGUGCUAAUAGCAAUGGUGGCUGCAGUCAGAUAUGUCUUGCUACUAGUCCCACUACUCGACGAUGCGUGUGUGAAGUUGGCUUCAAACUCAACCCUGAUCAAAAAACGUGUCAAGGAAUGAACAGUUUUGUGCUGUAUUCAACUGCAAAAGUCAUCUAUGGUGUUUCUUUGAAUCAAACGGACAAUACUUCAGCCAUGAACCCCAUUCAAGACCUGCGCAGUAUCAACUCCAUUGAUUUCCUGUUUAAAGGAGAGUGGAUUUUCUACUGUUAUGGGCGCGCUAUUGGUCGCGUUAAUAGAGACGGAACAAGAAAAAAGAUUAUCAUAAGCACAGGCCUAAGCCGGCCACAAGGGAUUGCGGUAGACUGGGUUGGGAAGAAUCUAUUUUGGACAGACGCUGGUACAGACCUUAUAGAGGUGAGUCGGCUGAAUGGGUCAAGUCGACUAGUGCUGAUAUCCACAGGCCUAACAGAACCACGCUCCAUCGUAGUCUACCCAAAUAAAGGGCUCCUGUAUUGGACAGACUGGGGUUCUCCUGCCCGCAUCGAACGAGCAUCCAUGGAUGGAUCACAAAGACGUACCUUGGUGAGGGGCUCGAUUAUAAGGCGUCCUUCAGGGCUUGCUAUUGAUUAUGGACAAGACAUGGUUUACUGGGUCGACUUGAGGAAAGACACGAUAUGGAGGAUGAACUUGGACGGAGGCGAUCAGAAACUUAUUAUCAAUAAGCUUAGACAGCCAAGUGGCCUGACAUUAUAUGGUGACUAUUUAUAUUGGACUGAUCGUAAUAAGGACAUCAUCCAGUCAGCCAACAAGAACAACGGCUCUGAUAUGCAAGAAAGAAAGACUGACGCCAACCCGCGGGACGUUCGCGUGUAUGACGCGCGACGACAGCCAGCUAAUGGUCCCUGUAUGAAGAAUGGUGGUUGUGCAGAACUCUGUCUAGCAGUUAGCAGCAAGAAAAAAAGGUGUGCUUGUCCUUCUGGUCGUCUUGGUGUAGACAAACAAUCCUGCGUCAGUCAGUCCAACCUAAUAAUCGUAGCUGAUAUGCAUACUAUCGAGUCUUUGUCCAUCAUCCCAGGAACCAAAGCUUCUACCAGUCAUGUUAUUUCUCGUUUCAACGGUGAAUACCUACAAAGGGAUGCGGAUUAUGACUAUGACAGUGAAACAAUAUUCUUCAUUGAUCCCGCGGGACCUACCACGAUUAAAUCGGUCAAAAUUGACGGGACGGACCCGAGAAAUAUAUCUCAAGAAAUCGAGUCUCCUGCUGGGCUUGCUAUCGACUGGGUUGAAAAACACAUCUAUGUUGUGGACAGUGAAUCUAAAACCAUCAGUAGAAUGUACUUCAAUGGUUCAUCGGUACAGAAAGUAAUAACAAGAGAGAAACGCCUGCCUGGUUCUAUUGCACUGGUCCCUUGUGAAAAAAUGAUGUACUGGAUCGAGAACGGUUUUCAAAUAAUGUCAGCGKGGAUGAAUGGAAAAGGAUUAAAGACAGUGUUAAAAGCCAACUCACGGUUACUAUACGACAUAGCGGUGGAUUAUACCGAAGGAAGGCUGUACUGGCUAAGGGUGGAUGGGAUAGAGUCUUCACAUCUUGACGGCUCAAAUCGUCAAGUCGUAGCUUCCGUCAGGGCGGUGUCCAUAUCUGUAUUUGGCGAGUUUAUUUACUGGAAUGAUUGGAACCAGCGUGCUAUAAUGAGAGCUAACAAGUAUAAUGGCGGUAACCCAGUCAAAGUGAUAAGCGAUAGAAAUAUUUACCAGAUCCUGGACAUGACGGUAUAUGCAAGAGAAAAACAAGAUUGUACGAUCAAACCCUGUGUUCUCAAUGGUGGCUGUUCACAAAUCUGCACAGCAAUUGAUGGGAUCCCUGUGUGUUCCUGUCAUCCUGAUCAUCUUCUAGUUGAUGGUUACCGAUGUGUCUCCAUCGAUGCUUCCUGCCCGUCCAAUCGCUUCACAUGUUCUAAUGGCAGAUGUGUUCCUUAUUUGGCUGUCUGUGAUUCGUACGAUGAUUGUGGUGACGGUUCUGAUGAACUCUCGAAACUUUGUGCCACGUGGUCUUGUGGUCCCAAACAGUUCUCGUGCAAUAACGGUCGCUGCAUCAAUGCAAACUGGAGAUGCGACUAUGAAGACGACUGCGGGGAUGGUAGCGAUGAAAUAGGCUGUCCUCCACAGUCGUGUGCCGGACAUGAGUUCAGGUGUAAUAAUGGCCGAUGUAAAGCGUAUGACUUGAAAUGUGAUGGGGACAAUGACUGUGGAGACUUUAGUGAUGAGAUAGGCUGCCCUGAUGUAACCUGUUCUGCGGGUAAAGUUAAGUGUGGGUCUAAAAACAUAUGCAUUCACAAGAGCUGGAUAUGUGAUGGUAACAACGACUGCGGUGACAACUGGGAUGAACAACCUGCGGUCUGCUCCAAUAGUACAUGCGCAUCGUCUCAGUUUCAAUGCAUCAACAGUAGAUGUAUUCCGAGUCGCUGGUACUGCGAUGGCGAGAACGACUGUGGCGAUAUGAGUGACGAACCUUCAARCUGUAAGACUCCACAGACGACCUGUUCGAGCGAAAUGUUUACUUGCAGAAAUGGUAACUGUAUAUCUCCCCAAUUCCUUUGUGACGGAGAUGAUGACUGCGGUGAUGGYUCGGAUGAACCCAGCGGAGGUUCCUCAUGUCCUAAGCGUAACUGCAGCGGUACGGAGUUCACUUGUGUAAAAACCUCACGCUGUAUACCGCUUUCCUAUAUGUGCGACGGCGAUAUUGACUGUAGUGAUGCGUCAGACGAGAGCCCGAGUUUAAAUUGUAUCCAGUCCACCUGCCAACCCUCGCAGUUCAGGUGCGCAAAUGGGCUUUGCAUUGAAAACCAAUGGCGCUGUGACUUCGAAGAUGACUGCGGCGAUAAUUCAGACGAGAUAUCCUGCGCAAACCAUACUUGUGCUCAAGAUCUAUUCACCUGUAGAAGCGGGCACUGUAUCUCAAAGAAAAACGUCUGUGAUAAAAAGAUCGACUGCAUAGACAGAUCCGACGAAGAUCCUGCUCUCUGCACCACUACACCGCUACCGACGUGCGGCAAGGGCUUCUUCAAGUGUGCCAAUGCUAAAUGCAUCAAUGAAAGCCUGGUUUGUGACAAGGUGGAUCACUGUGGGGAUUUAUCCGAUGAAAGACAAUGCAAUAUCAACGAGUGCCUGCGCACCCAGAACAAGGUUUGCGCACACUUCUGUCAUGAUACACAAACUGGAUUCACGUGCUCGUGUAGACCGGGAUAUGAACUAUUGGCUGACGGCAGUAGCUGUCGAGACAUCGAUGAAUGCGCUGACUACUCACUAAACAACUGCAGCCAGUUUUGCAUCAAUCAGAGGGGUUCUUACAAGUGUACUUGCGCGGAUGGGUAUUAUCUAGAGCCCGGGAACAGACGCACCUGCAAAGCCAUUGGACGAACUGAUAAACCUUAUUUAAUUUUUACGGAACGCGAUGAAAUCCGUUCCAUGGAUAUCGACGGAUGGUAUAAAAACAUCAUAGUCAAUAACACUAGAGCUUUGGCUGUAGACUUUGAUUUCAAAGAGCGUAGAGUAUACUGGACACAGGUUGGCAGUAACCCUCUUAUUGGUCGAUCACUCCUUGAUGGCACGAAGGUUGAGGUGAUAGUUAAAGACGAAGAGAAUCUAGUAUCGCCUGAGGGAAUCGCGGUGGAUUGGGUCGGGAGGAACUUGUAUUUUAGUGAUUCAGUAAAAGACAAGAUUUUCGUAUCAACUUUAGCUGGGAAAUACUUGAAGACGAUUGUGGACAAAAACUUGAACGAACCAAGAGCGCUUGUUGUUGUCCCUAAUGAGGGUUACUUGUUUUACACCGACUGGGGUUUCUUUCCUCACAUUGGCAGGGUAGGACUGGAUGGCUCUUCCCCAGGCCCUAUCGUCCAGACAAACCUAAGGUGGCCCAAUGGUCUUACAGUGUGCCAUAUCACCAAAAAACUGUUCUGGGCAGAUGCCAAGUUGGAUAUCAUUGAAUACAGUAACCUUGAUGGAACCAAGAGAACGCAGCUCUUCACUCUUCGAGUACGGCAUCCCUUUGGACUUACGGUUUUUGAAAAUUUUCUUUACUGGACUGAUUGGAGAGAUAAAACUGUGAACCGCGUGUUCAAAUGGACUGGCAACGACCAUAUUAUCCUGCUUAACUCGACCUUUAAACUCCACGGAAUUCAGGUGGUACAUCCCAGCCGUCAGCCCCAUUAUUCCCAUCCAUGCUCCAAGUCGCCAUGUAACGGCUUGUGCCUUCUGACACCCAGCGGUAGCUACAAGUGCGCAUGCGCAGACAACAUGCACCUCGCAAACGACGGAAAAACCUGUCUUGAAAACUGUACGAAUGAUGAAAGGAGGUGUAAUAACUAUCGCUGUAUCUCAAGGCACUGGGCGUGUGACGGACAAAACGACUGUGGUGAUAACAGUGAUGAACCAACAGGCUGUCCUAAACGUUACUGUCCACCAGGCACAUACCAGUGCACGAGUAGCCGUAAUUGUAUCUCACCCUUGCAAGUAUGUAACGGAGAAAACGACUGCCCCACUGGUGAUGAUGAGCGCGGAUGCAACGCCCUCCAUUGCAAUUCAUAUCAGUUUCGAUGCAACAACCGACGCUGUAUUUAUAAAAGUCGUGUCUGUGAUGGCGCGAAUGACUGCCAAGAUAGUCCGACUGGAUCAGACGAACAGAACUGUCUAAAGGCUAAGUGCACCGAACAUCAACAUCAAUGUAUCAAGACCGGACGAUGUAUACCUAAGGACUGGUUGUGUGAUGGUGAUAAUGACUGUGGAGACAUGAGUGAUGAGGCGGAUGUGUUUUGCUCCAAGGCUUGUCCAAAGGGAUUUUUCCGCUGUAAGAUAAAGUAUCAGUGUAUUGAACAAAACAAGACGUGCGAUGGGGUGUUUGAUUGUGACGAUAAGUCUGAUGAAGAUAACAUGCUCUGUCCUGAAGCCAACUGUUCCAGAUCAUCAGGAUUUUUCGCAUGCCAUGACAAUCAGAAGUGCAUCCCACUCAAAUGGAUUUGUGAUGGAGAGCCAGAUUGUGCAGACAAUUCCGAUGAAGAUCUUUGUAAAGCCAGACCUCUUUUACCACAUCAGUUCAGAUGCAGGUCCGGUCGUCUUAUUAACAACAAGUGGAAGUGUAAUGGUCAUGACGACUGUGGAGACAAUUCAGACGAAGAAGGAUGUGACAGAUUCUUCUGUGGUCCAGGCCAGUUUAAUUGUACUGUCAACAAUCGUUGUAUCGAGAAAGGUUGGAAGUGUGAUGGAAAGCGAGAUUGUGGCGAUGCUGCUGAUGAACAAGGUUGCGUUAGUCGAUAUCCUGAUGGCCGCUCGUGUCCUCUAUCAAGAUACCAGUGCAGCAAUAAUGUUUGUGUCAACAGGCUGUGGCUAUGUGACGGGCAGGAUGACUGCGGUGAUGGCAGUGAUGAGAUCAGUAUACUUUGUAAAUACCAUAAUUGCUUGCCGACUCAGUUUCGUUGUAAAACCGAUGGUUACCGCUGUAUCCCGCAGUGGUACCGAUGUGAUGGUCAUUAUCACUGCUCUGACAAAUCCGACGAGAAAAAAUGCCCUCAAGACUCUGCUGGAUGCCAAAGGAACCAAUUUAAGUGUCGAAACAAUAAGUGUAUCCCUAGUAACUUGGUCUGUGAUGGUAAUGAUGAUUGUGGGGAUGCGAUGGAUGAGAUAUAUUGUCCGUCAAGAAACAGGACAUGCGCUAUAAAAAACGGUGGGUGCUCCCAGAAAUGCUCUGCUAUCGGAACAGACGUGGUUUGUUCAUGCUGGGCUGGAUUCCAGUACAACUCAAACAUCCACAAAUGCGAGGACAUCAACGAAUGCCUUGAGAUUGGAACAUGUGAGCAGGAAUGUAUUAAUACCCUUGGUAGUUACAGAUGCAUGUGCGCAGAGGGGUAUGUCAGUAGAAAUGGAAACGGGACGAAUUGUAAAGCAGUUGGAACAUCACCGGUGCUGUUGUUUCAGACUGGCAGCACUAUUCGACAACUCGCUGUAUCACCUGACGGGUUAGGUGACUAUGAUAGUGGUGUUGAUGAUCUUAUAUCUGUUGGCUCACUCGAUGUACUUGUGUCAGAUAACAUUGUCUUCUGGAGCGAUCUCACUGACGGGACUAUUAAACUUGCCAAGCUUCCAGAGAUCACCAGAAACAGAAUACGCCGAGAAAUUUCUCCUUCGUCCUCUCCUCCAGUCCAAGAGCUCUCUCUGCCGGUUGGCGCUGCUGAUGGUAUUGCAGUGGACUGGAUCGGGAGAAACAUAUUCUGGACUGACUCGAGAAAGCGCGUUAUUGAUGUGGCUACCAUUGAUGGGCGAUACCGUCGUACUGUGGUGUCAACUAACCUUAAGGACCCUGGUGAUAUUGUGGUGGAUGCGAAUAGAGGGCGUCUUUACUGGGCGGACCGAGGCUUCCCGCCCAAAAUCGAGUCAUCCAACAUGGAUGGUUCCAAUCGAACAUCUCUCGUAACAGAACACCUCGUGUACCCCUCCGGUCUCGCCCUCGAUCAACCAGCUCAGCGGCUUUACUGGGCAGACCAGAAAAUAGGGCAAGUGGAGGUGAUUGGUACCAAUGGUCAGGGACGAAAAGUUGUGUGGAAAGACAUCGAUCAGCCUAGUUCUGUUGCCGUACAUGGCGACAUGUUAUAUGUUGGUAGUGAUCCUACUGGUCAAGUCUAUCGAAUGAAUAAGCGUGGAAAAGGCUCUGUUGAGAAGAUAUUUGAUAGUCUACCAAGGGUGACAGCCGUGAGGAUAAAACAACAACAGAAUCAAAUAAGAUUAUCUGAUUCAGGAAACCCCUGUGCUGUUAAUAAUGGUAACUGUACUCACCUGUGUCUCGCUACCAGUACUGGUGCCGUCUGCGCAUGCCCGAAUAAUGAUCACAACGAUGUACAACCAUGUUCGUCAGAUAUAGUUCAACCUCGCCCACCUCCAGCAUGUUCGCUGACCGCAUGUGGUGUGGGCACAUGUCGUGAUGUUGGGGGUAAAGCUCAAUGCAUAUGUCCAGCGGGAUAUACUGGACCAUACUGCAUGACAAUAACACCUAGUCCAUCAACAACUAGUAAACCAACACAGCCUGUCACCCCUGAUCCCUGUCUGAUGAUAUCCUGCUAUAAUGGUGGAUACUGUGAAGUCACACAAGGGAUUGCUAGAUGCAAGUGUCCUUAUGGAACAGCUGGCAAGAGCUGUGAAGAAACAUGUUCCUCUCUACACUGUAACCAUGGAGGUGAAUGUGAGAUCACAGAACGAGAUAUCUAUUGCAGAUGCGAGUCUGGUUAUCGCUAUACUACUGGUCCAGGAUGUGAGAAUGAUCCCUGUAUCAACUACACAAGAUGUGGUCAGGAUGGUAAAUGUUAUGUUAAUGGAUCAACAAACAUCCCCUACUGCAGAUGUAAAGACGGGUCGAUAGCCGUAACUUGUAUCAAGAACCCUGACAUUAUGGGACGCCAUCAAGAAUCGAAAAGCGUGGUCGCCAAGAUUAUAAUAGCACUUGUCAUGGUUCUGCUGGUCAUCGUCGUUAUUCUUGGUCUGCUGUACUGCAGGCACCGAGGCCCGAUGAGGCCGACAAACUACUGCGGUAUGAAUAUUCGUGUUCGCAACCCUUCGUUCCUGUAUGAGGAAAUGUUAGAUGAUAACAUCAGUAUGAUAAGCCACGGCUCCACCUACCGCGAAUCCGACAAGUCGACAAACUUCUCCAACCCAGUCUACGAGGCGCUCGCACAAACCAACGCGUCUUCAUCAACAGCUCUUCUUGCUGACCACGAUUUCAUAUCCGAUUUCUCUUGGCACAACGUGGAUUUUAUAAACCCUGUCUACGAAGUCUUGUAUGGAGAAAGACGUCCAAGUAGACCUGACUCGUUGUUCCGUACUAACAGCAUGGACAUGAAUGGGGAUGUACUAUCAGGCCGUGAAUCGUGUGCGUGACUACAAAGAGUAUAACUAUUGGGAGCAUAAAGCAAGUUGAUUGCAUAUCUCCAGGCUUUGUUCAAUGAAAACCUUUCCAGGUAUUUGGGUAUCCAUUGGUACCCUGUCCAGGAAUUUAAGUAAUGGAUUGCACACUGGUAUUUAUUAAACCAACAGCUUCGUGGCUGCCUAUCUCAAAGCUUUGUUCAAGGAAAUAUUUUCCUGGCAUCAGGCAUGCGUUAUCCUGCCCAGGAAUUGCUGGAACUAUUUUCUAACCGACAGCUGUGUCGCCUUAAAACAACCCAAGUUUUCAGAGUCCCUGAAGAAAGACGUGAUUAAACAUACCAGAACCUGGUAUAUUGAGUUCAAUUGAGAUGAUAAAAAAAAAAGAAUCACUGUGAUUCUCCGUAAAAGUACAAGCAUGUAUAUCUGAAUACCAACCGCCUUUCUUUUAGUCCAGAUUCUGCCAGAUUUUGGACAAGCAUUUUUUAAAGAAAAAUCAGAUAUUUUCUUGUCGUGUACAAGGCUCAGCGUUGGCCACAAAACACCAAGAAAACGUGUUUACAUUAUAGAACAUUAUUUGUCUGAAGGAAAACAAACGAUUAUUUUUUAUUUUCAAGACGCAGUUAGGAAAGAAAUUUGGACUGAUCUUAAAUCGCCAUGCGAAGCUUAUUUAAACAAGAACUAACAUAUAUUUAAUAGACGAUAAAAUAAAUAGUUAUUUAGAUAAAGACUUAGGUAGGUAUAUUUUGUAUUAAUUCUAGAUAUGUAUGACUAUCAUUGCGUUUAGUGUUUCAUUCGAAGUACACGUUCCAUAGGAAUUUGUGUUUGUCCCUUUGCCUUUCGCUUUCUACAUAUGUAGAUUGCACACAAUUCUGUGAAAAAGUACAUUGAUGUAGUACACUGUUGCCAGUAAAGAGUUUUUAAACUUAAAAAACUUAAAAGCU